AUGGGGAGGUGGGGGUGGUGCCGGAUUUAAGUAAGUCCCACUUGAGCAGUCUGGCCUUAAACUCGUAUAAUUAGCGUUAAGUGAUGUAUGCAAGCAGAAUUGCGAAUCAGGAGGGAAAGCUCGUCUGGUUGCGGCACUGUUCAUCUUGCAAAGGUGGGAAUCUCCUAGGUAACCUCUGGCACGCCCUCUGCGGCUUCCUUCAUUUAUAAACAACUGCACCAAUCGUGUGGAGCGUUGUAGGUGGGUGGCUUAUUCAUGUCGGAAGUGUCCUGCCAGCUCCAUUAACUUCGCUGCUUGUGGUUGCCGCUCCGUCUCGCUCUCAUGGUCGAGAGAGAGAUGACUAGGAAAGGUUUUCCCAGAUUUAGAGCAGCCUCGCCUCUGGACGUGUUGACCGCACCUGCAGUCCCCUCCCUCCCAGCGCAGUAGAGAUAAGGUGUUAUCGUCCUGCCACGGCAGUUGAUUGAUUAGGAAUAAGUACUUCAAAGCUAUAGAACUGCUUUAUGUGCUGAAAGGGUAGCCUGUUAGUCUCUCUAUCUGCACAUUCGUGCCUAAGGAAUCAGCUGUCGAAGUGUUAAGGAGUGGAGGAUCCGGGUGAUCUACGAUGACGUAAAGUAGAGGUUUGGAGGGCGAUUCUGCACUCACUCAACCAGAGAGAGACAGUGUUGUUUACCAGAGAGAUACAUGUUUCCUGCGUCUGAGCAUCGGUGUAAAAUUGUUCAAUUGGAGUGGGGAUAGUAACUCAGCAAAAUCUUACCGGUUUGGGUUUUAAUCGUUCUAUCAUUACAUUGUGAUAGAAAUGCGAUAUCCUCCCACACAACUGGACACCCAACUCUUCAUGUUUUUGUUCCCCUGUUUGUGCCGAAUGACCUUCCAUGUACGGUAGGUCUUAUCUUCCCUGAUCGCAAGGAUUGGGGGCACGUGUUCGAAGAUUACUUUCUCAUUUCAGAGUUAGAUUGCAUUCCUACGAGCGAAUCUUCAGCGACGAGGGAGAGAGAGGUAAAAAAAAAACAAAAAAAAAAAAAAAAAAAAAUUCUUACUGUUAGGAUGCUCCACAUACCAGUGAAAAGCAUUGACACUUCAGCUGAGCAGUUUUCUACAGACAUUGUGAUCUGGUUUGUGCAUCGUACACUGACUCAACGAACAGCUAGUGAAGAUCAGAACGGCAUCAACCAGGACUUUUGAGAAGGGUUUUAGAUUCAGAGCAACCUCAACAAGAAGGAUACGCCCAGUAUUAGCCGUUAUAAGACUAAUCGCUUGGGACGCCGGUCACUACCCCGGGGAUUUUAUUGUGUGUCGCUCAUCAUCGCGUGCGAUGCCGGACCAGGACCGAAGAGCCCAGUUUUUGCACUCCCUGGGUCAUGGUCUGGAAUCUGGAAAGCGGUGUUCCAGUUGUCCAGCCUUCAGGGUAACCUACCAAGCGGAUUGCGUGUGCUGUGGGCGCAAGGUGGACCAUCACGAGUUUUCCAAAGUCGAUGCAGGCAAAGCACCCAUGAAUAUGAAACGAGAGACUUCCACAGAAACCUAUCCUCUGCUUGUUAGCCAACCUUUAGCUCAAGGAAACCAGGCUCCGCAUUGCCGGAGGGCAGGCAGGAGACGACACAAGCUUUGCUCUAUUCCCAUUCUAAGAACUGCCAACAGUUUCCAAAGUCGACCUUGCGCCGAAAUUGGAGAUCGGGUGAGAUCGAUGACCACGCUUUCAGGCGGCUUCAAGAACUCAAAAUUGAUAUCUCAGCAACCAAAUCAAGUAGUAGUCAGGUCGUCUUCGUCGCGACUGAGCAAGUAUGUACACCAAAGGAACUUAGGGAAGUUGUCUGCAGUGAAAGUUGGUGGUCACCAUGAAUUUAGAGGAGUUCGAACGCGCAAAGGCGUCAAGGGGUUUCUCGUGGAGAUUCGACCUCCAAGGUGGAAGAGGACUAUCUGGCUGGGCACCUACAGUACGGAUGUUGAGGCUGCAGGAGCUUUUGAUGCUGGUGUUUUCUAUACCAACAAACCUGACAAGAAGUACAAUUUCCGUGAUUUGGAGAGAGAAUUUCCACCGCUGCCGCCUCAUCUGCGGCUAGACAAUGCUGAAAGCAUGAACGAAAUCAAGUGCUUUGUUCAGAAGCAAGCUAAAGAAGCAGCGGCGGCAGCCCGUCGGAUGUGGAAUAAUGGAGUUCAACUGCAUCAGGAUGAAUCAGUUAAGGAGAUGUCAGAGGCUGAAGUAGCAGACACUGAUACCUCCAAUGAAUCUUCCGAGUUAUCUAGCCUCUCUGAAGAUCUACCUAAAACUGCUGAAGUCGGAUUUGAAGGUGAAUAUGGAGACAUGCCGCUGGACAUGGAAUACCUCCGAGGCGCACAGGAAUCAGAUGAUUGGAUAGACGAACUAAUGCUGGAGCAAGACGGCCUGCCGCAGCUAUGAGCCCAUAAGAAACAUCCAGUAUCAACCAAGCGUUUGGCAACCUUUCUUAACAGUACCUCCAACACACGAAUCACGGAGUCCCCGCCGUCUCAGCGCUGCGUGGUUGUACCAUCCUAUCUCCAUGUUGUUUAGAGUGAACCAUAGAUUCGGCAUCACCGUUAAGCUUUUCCACGUCCCGUUUAACUGCUUAGAAUCAACCAUCGUUCGGAUUGUCGCAUGACAGCUCAUCGUGUGGACAUGAGAGAGCAUGCUGAAGUGUUCCAGGUGCAACACAGGCCCUACAAUGCAUUAAUUCACCUGUGAAUGGUAUCAUCCAACAUGAAGCUCAUGAGUUGAUCGCACAGGUUAUUUGUAGAUCCACAGAAUGUGUCUUUAGAGCAACACCUACUCAUGAUAACAGGUUAUCCAUCGUAGGCUGUCCUGUGUGCAUAGCACAUUGAUGAGAAGAUUUAGCAGACUCAUGAAUAACCGAAUCAUUAUAAUCGCCUCUCUACGUAUAUAUAUAUAUAUAUAUAUAUAUUGGUACAUACACACUCCUAGUACCAUUCUCUUGGACUGUAAUCAUUUGUCAUCUCAA